AUGGCUCGUUACUCAUCAGAAGAUGGGCAAACGCCAGUGAACUCGACGGUGGUCGCUAUUGACAAAGACAAGAACAGUAACUAUGCUGCUCGCUGGGCCGCCGAUCAUCUCUUCCAUUUGAUCAAUAAUCCCAACAUGAUUCUAGUCCAUGUUCGUCUUAAAAACCAUGGAGGAAGCCAUGACAAUGAUGAAUUGAAUCAGCUUUUUAUUCCCUACAGAGGUUAUUGUGCACGAAAAGGGGUAUAA